GCAGGAGCCCACCCUGGCAGGAACAGAGUACAGCAGAGGAGCCUGGAACAGCCUCAGAGAUGGCUCUGGCUCUGAAGCUGGUGGCAGAGGGGUCUAAAUAAGGCUGAGGCCUGCAGGCUCCAAGUCUCUUCUGGUAGCAAGGCCUGGUGACAGAUGGUGCAGAGGCCAGGGCAUGCAUGUCUUCUAGGGAGGGCACGGUGCUGGGGUGGGUCCAGCCACUAAGGGACAAGGUCAGACCUGGAGUCCAUCAAGCAUCAUUGUGUCCCAAGCACUAGGCACAAAGCCAUAGGUUAAACUAGGGAAAGAGGAGAUGGUGUGGAUUAGAUAGAGAGCAAAUAGAUGAUAUAGGAGCCACCUUCUAUGAGGUCACAAUCAACCUAGACACACGCAUACGCACAAAUACACAAUUGGAAAGCAACAGCCAGGGAAUAGGGUGGCUAGAGAGAGUCCCACCACCCUUCUCCAUCCCUAUGUCCUCAUGCUCCACUUCUCAACAGUUCAAGGAAAGUAACUCAGCCAUGACACCUCCAAGCCAUCUAGGACAUUCCCUAUACAUCCGCCCACAGGAGCAACCACAUGAGUCAAGGAAGUCACAUGUUGGCCAUGUACCAAGACCAACCAAGCAUUUUCAACGUGCCCGCUCCCACUGGCACCAGGCACCACACAGGCCUGGGGAUACAAAGGUCCAUCGGCCCCCAGCUCCUCUUCCAGCACCUUCAGCCUGUCUCCUACAGCCUCAGCCAUGCCUGCAAAGACCCCAGCAACUUCAUCCCGUGUGGAAUGGGGCCACUGUAAGACCAAGGACUUACAUGCGCAAGGGCUGGAAGGUCUGGAAAGAACUAUGCACCAGGAAACCAAGGUGGAAAAAGCUUGGGAAGAUUCUGGGACCUUCUGGCUUCAGGAAAAAUCAUGCUUUACAGAUAAGGAGACCAGUCCUAAUAGAAAUCAGCUGCUCCGAUAACAUCCUUGCCUCCUCCUUAGGGACCUUCCAAGCCCUUAGGCAGAAAAGCAUCUGCACUCUCAGAAGACUUCAGGGGAUGACACCAAGCUCCCAGUGUUCUCUCUCCUUGAAGGUCUGCCUUAGAGCCUCAGUGGUUUAGCCCAAGACAGGACUCUUGUGAAAGGAGCAGAAUGAAGUGUGCCUCGGCGUGGAGACAGUCCAAAAGGAAGUUGUGCUGGUAGAAGAGAAAGAGCACGUGCCUGGAAUGUGUGUGGGGCAGGGUGUGUAUUAAAUACUAAUAUCAAGA